GUCACUGGUUUCAUUUGAGUUGCCAAGCUGUUCAAAGACAGAAGCAGGAGUCAUUUCGCCAGGCUGAGUUGGUCUUUGUGGACGUUCAGCUGGUUUUCUCCAACAUCUCACAAAGGCUCUCCUUAUCAGAUCUCUCCAUGGCUUGUAAUGAAAAUGUCUUUGGUGGACACACAGCUUCAUCUACAGUAUCUGCAGAUGAAAAUGGGAAUCAGGAGCCUCACUCAGAUGUGACCCUCCAGUGUCCAGAGUCCAUGCUGAGUUCCAUACCCAAGAUUGAUGUGGAGCCCCGCGGUCUCCCACACGUACUGAGACCGUCCGUCAAUAUGCUGACCAAUGCGGCAAGAGAGCAACUGAAGCACCACUCUGAGAGAACAGGAUCCAGCAUUCCUGUCAACAGUUUUAGAGCUCUCCAACAACCCUAUGGGUCAUCAACAGCUGUUGCCAAGGCAACAGCAGAAGUAAAUAGCUCUGGGGGGUUGGCAGGCCUGAGGCAGAGGGGACAGGAGUCUAUUAAUAUGUCUCAAGUAUUCUCUGGCAGUUCUCUUGCCCUAGUGACAGGGAGGGCAAGACUCAAUAACGGGGGCACUGAAAGAGGUGCCAAUAGUGAAAGGUUAUAUUUGCCUUCGCUACAAGGUCAAGGUUCCUUUCCACCCAGAGGACCACAAGUAAAAGGCCAUCCACAUAUCCCCAAGCUUAUGUCAGGAAUAAUGAUGGAAGUUCCUCUAGGAAAGAAAAGAAUUCCCUAUAAGGAAAGGCUGGCUCAUGUUUCUUUCCCACUGGGAAGCCCCAAGCCCCCCAGGGAUAACUGGUCAAGGCCUGUCCCCUUGGCUUCCAAUACUCAAGAUUUACCUUCUCAUCCUACUGCUCAUAGUUAUACACCUCCUCUUCCACUUCCAAGUUUCACUCUAUUUCUUCCUACACCUAUUGCUUUUGCUCCUCCUCCCAUAGUAAGUCCUCCACAUCAUUCUGACUGUGCCAAUUACAAUUUCUGGGAAAUACAGACUUCUGAAUCCUUAAACAGAGAUAACAAGUGAUGCCAAAGAAAGAAAGAAAGAAAGAAAGAAAGAAAGAAAGAAAGAAAGAAAGAAAGAAAGAAAGAAGAAGGAAGGUAGGAAGGAAGAAAAGGGUAGGCUAACAAGGUGAAAGUAGUCAAUUUCUGGUUUUCAACUGGAAACCCCCUACUCUCUUGUGUUCUGUUUAGUAUUAAUGUGCCUUACACAGAUUUGAAAAGUCAAUAAAGAUUCUAAAAUUUGAAA